UCAGAAGGGGAGGAGAAGCGAGAGAGGACCCGAUGCCUGCUGCCAAUAUGACAGAGACCCUCCAGCUCCCAGCGCUGCAAGUCCCGGAACAUCAGGAGGCAGAGAGUGGCCACGCCUGGUCUAGUUCGUCCACUCCGACCCUGCGCCGAAGGCGGUUCAAGAUGAGGCGGAUGAAGCACGUCCAGGAGCCGAGCCUGGAAACCGCGUCCUCCUCCAACAAGGAAUUCCUCCAACUCCCCUCCAUCGAAAUCACCCCUUCGAGUGACGAGGAUACCCCUUGGUCAAACUGCUCCACGCCCAGCGCCUCCCCGCAGCGCAAGCGCUUCCUGCUGCGCAAGUGGCUGAGUGUGAGGGAGAAGAAGGAGUGCAGUGAGAGCAGCAGCCAACAGAGCAGUCAACAAAGCAGCCAUGAUGAUGACACAGCCCGAUUCUUGAGCCCCCGCAUGCGGGACGACAGCACUGCCAGUAACUCGAACCGCAGCACUCCCGCUUGCUCCCCGAUCCUUCGCAAACGCUCCCGGUCUCCGACGCCGCAGGACCUUCAAGGAGACGCCAUGGUGGAAAAAGGCUCGGAUCACUCUUCAGACAAGUCCCCUUCCACGCCAGAGCAAGGCGUACAGCGGAGCUGUUCCUCUCAGUCCGGUCGGAGCGGGGCCAAGAAUUCCAAGGUGAGCCCGGUUUAUGACAGAUUAAACCUGAUCAAAAAAAGCCAGAGUUGGUACAAUCAUGAAAGACAACAGAUCCGGAGAGUGCUGAGUCCAACCUACAAGCAGCGAAAUGAAGACUUCAGGAAACUCUUCAAACAGCUUCCCGACACAGAGCGCCUCAUAGUUGAUUACUCCUGUGCACUUCAAAGAGACAUUCUCCUGCAGGGCCGCCUCUACCUCUCUGAGAACUGGAUCUGCUUCUACAGCAAUAUCUUCCGCUGGGAAACCUUGUUGACCGUUCGUUUGAAGGACAUCUGCUCCAUGACCAAGGAAAAAACCGCACGGCUCAUUCCUAACGCUAUCCAAGUUUGCACUGACACUGAAAAGCACUUUUUUACUUCCUUCGGUGCCCGAGACAGGACAUACAUGAUGAUGUUCCGGCUCUGGCAGAAUGCCCUCUUGGAAAAGCCCUUGUGCCCGAAGGAGCUCUGGCAUUUUGUACAUCAGUGUUACGGUACUGAACUGGGGCUGACAAGCGACGAUGAAGACUACGUGCCUCCCGAUGACGAUUUCAACACCAUGGGCUACUGUGAAGAGAUCCCGGUGGAGGAAAACGAGGUGAACGACAGCUCCUCGAAAAGUAGCAUGGAAGCCAAACCGGAAGCCAGUCCCCAGCUCCCCAAGAAGUCCGUCACCAACAGCAGCACCUUGACGCCCGCAGGAAGCACGGAAGCUCCGGUCCCAUACGAAGGGAUUGUUCCCGAGGAGCAGGAGGUUGUGGACGUCCCUGUGGAGAAGGAACUGACGAUCGCAAGCAUCAUCGGGGACAAGAUAGAGAUCAUAGCGCCCGUGAAUUCCCCUUCCCUGGACUUCAAUGACAACGAGGACAUUCCAACGGAACUCAGCGACUCCUCGGAGACGCAUGACGAAGGGGAAGUUCAGGCCUUUUAUGAAGACCUGAAUGGUCGGCAGUACAUGAACGAAGUGUUCAACUUCAGUGUGGACAAGCUGUACGACCUGCUUUUCACGGACUCUCCGUUCCUGAGGGACUUUAUGGAGCAGCGGAGAUUCUCCGAUAUCGUCUUUCACCCGUGGAAGAAGGAAGAAACUGGAAACCAGAGCCGCGUCAUUCUCUACACCAUCACUCUCACCAACCCUCUGGCCCCCAAAACUGCCACAGUCACUGAGACUCAGACGAUGUACAAGGCGAGCCAAGAGAGCGAGUGCUACGUGAUAGACGCGGAGGUGCUGACGCACGACGUCCCCUACCACGAUUACUUCUACACGAUUAAUCGUUACACGUUGACGCGUGUCGCCAGAAACAAAUGCCGACUCAGGGUUUCUACGGAGCUCCGGUACAGGAAACAGCCGUGGGGGCUGGUGAAAUCCUUCAUCGAGAAGAACUUCUGGAGCGGCCUGGAUGAUUAUUUCCGCCACUUAGAGAGCGAGCUGACCAAAACAGAGAGCACAUACCUAGCUGAGCUUCACCGACAAUCCCCCAAAGAGAAGGCAAGCAAACAAUCCACGGUGCGCCGGAGGAAACGGCCCCACACGCACUUGCGGGGGCCGCACCUGGAGGAAGUGCUGAGCCCCGUCACCACUCCCACAGACGAGGAGGCAGUAGGUCGAAUCAAGCGUGUGGCAGGUUCCACACAAACACGGCACAUCCCCGAGGAGAGUCCCAGCGGCUUCCACUUACAGAGCGUCUCCAAGUUGCUGCUCAUUAUCAGUUGUGUUCUGGUGCUUUUGGUAAUCCUCAACAUGAUGCUGUUCUACAAACUCUGGAUGUUAGAAUACACCACCCAGACUCUCACGGCAUGGCAGGGCCUGCGAUUGCACGAAAGGUUACCCCAGUCACAGACAGAAUGGGCCCAGUUACUAGAGUCCCAGCAGAGGUAUCAUGACACGGAGCUUCAGAAGUGGCGGGAGAUCAUCAAGUCAUCCGUGAUGCUCCUAGAUCAGAUGAAAGACUCGCUAAUAAACCUUCAGAACGGCAUCAGGUCUCGUGACUACCAGUCGGAGCCAGACGAGCAGCGGAAACGGUUCCACUAGCAGGCGGGGAACGCAAGUGGCCAGAGGACUGUGUGCAAUAUGUAUACAUAGAAUAUAUAUGUAUAUAUGUAUAUGUAUACACAUACAGAAUAUAAAUAUAUACAUACAUACAUA